UGUGCGAUUUUAAGGCAAUGCUGUUAGUGUGACGUAUAAUCUAGUGGACGGAACGCAAUGCUGUUAGUGUGACGUAUAAUCUAGUGGACGGAACGCUUCCUUCAGCAGCAGCAACAGUUAUUCAGCCACCUCGGUAGCUUGCUAGCCUAAAUAGCCGAACCCAUAAAGCUCUUUAGACGCUUUAGUGUAUAUUAGCCACUGUAUUUUAAACCCUCGUCUGUCGUCUAGUUAGUUAGUUAUCCUAUUUCAUUUCAUAUUUACGGUGUUGUUAUUAUUCAGCUGGCGGGCUGGUUAAGUUAGCAUUAGCCUAGCUAGCUAACAUCUCCGACCAUGAGUUCACUAAAUUACUCUCUUCCUGCUGAAGAAGAGACGGUCUGCUGGACGGAGAAAGAAGCUCUCAUCAAAGAGGAGGAGGAAGAGAAGGAUGUUACAAUACAAAAACAAGUAGAGGGUGAGGUUGUUACCCUGAAAGAAGAAGAUAAAGACGUUUCAGUGAAAGAAGAGGAAGACGUUACAGUGAAAGAAGAGGCGUUCAGAGUGAAAGAGGAGGAGGGUGUUACAGUAAAAGAUGAGGAGGAUUCAGUUUUUGAAGUGAAAGCGGAGGAUGGGGAGAUUACGGUCUCAUCGGAAGAAGAGGAGGAGGAAACUGGAUAUCUGGGCCCGAUUUCCCAAACGCAAUUUAAGGCAUCCAGUGGUUCUAAAGAUGAACUUAGCCAUAAGAUGGUUUUGAGAAACCGGGCCGUGAUUACCACUGGAGAGAUACGGGACAGUCGUGGAUCCUCUGGGGAGCCUCAACAACCUCAUGAUGCUGACGAGGCAGAGAAGAGUCUCUCCAGAUCAGAACACCUCAAUAAACACCUGCAGAGAUCCACAGGGAAGAGAAGUCACUGCUGCUCUGACUGUGGGAAGAGAUUCACCUCAUCAGGCAUUAAAAUUCAUCAAAGGAUCCACACAGGAGAGAAACAUUAUAGCUGUGAUCAAUGUGGGAAGAGUUUUACUACAUCUGGUAAUCUAACUGUACACCAGAGAACACACACAGGAGAGAAACCUUAUAGCUGUGUUCAAUGUGGGAAGAGUUUUGUUACAUCUAGCCAUCUGACUACACACCAGAGAACACACACAGGAGAGAAACCUUAUAGCUGUGAUCAAUGUGGGAAGAGUUUUACUACAUCUAGCUCUCUGACAGUACACCAGAGACUACACACAGGAGAGAAACCUUAUAGCUGUGUUCAAUGUGGGAAGAGUUUUGUUACAUCUAGAAAUCUGACUAUACACCAGAGAACACACACAGGAGAGAAUCCUUAUAGCUGUGAUCAAUGUGGGAAGAGUUUUGUUACAUCUAGCUCUCUGACAGUACACCAGAGAACACACUCAGGAGAGAAACUAUAUAUAUGUGAUGAAUGUGGGAAGAGUUUUACUACUUCUGGCUAUCUGACUAUACACCAGAGAACACACACAGGAGAGAAACCUUAUACCUGUGAUCAAUGUGGGAUGAGUUUUACUAGAUCUAGCUAUCUAACUAUACACCAGCGAGUACACACAGGAGAGAAACCAUAUAGCUGUGAUCACUGUAGGAAGAGUUUUACUACAUCUGGUAAUCUAACUGUACACCAGAGAACACACACAGGAGAGAAAUCUUAUAGCUGUGAUCAAUGUGGGAAGAGUUUUAGUCGAUCUAGCCAUCUGACUGCACACCAGAGAACACACACAGGAGAGAAAUCUUAUGGCUGUGAUCAAUGUGGGAAGAGUUUUACUCAGCUAAGCAGCCUGACAGGACACCGGAGAACUCACACAGGAGAGAAACCUUAUGGCUGUGAUCAAUGUGGGAAGAGUUUUACUAGAUCUCGCUAUCUAACUAUACACCAGAGAACACACACAGGAGAGAAACCUUAUGGCUGUGAUCAAUGUGGGAAGAGUUUUACUAGAUCUAGCUAUCUAACUGUACACCAGCGAGUACACACAGGAGAGAAAUCUUAUACAUGUGAUCAAUGUGGGAAGAGUUUUACUCACUCAAACUCCCUGAAAUCCCACCAUAGAACACACACAGGAGAGAAGCCUUAUACCUGUGGUCAAUGUGGGAAGAGUUUUAUUCAAUCUGGCCAUCUGACUGUACACCAGAGAACACACACAGGAGAGAAAUCUUAUGGCUGUGAUCAAUGUGGGAAGAGUUUUACUCAGCUAAGCAGCCUGACAGUACACCGAAGAACUCACACAGGAGAGAAACCUUAUGGCUGUGAUCAAUGUGGUAAAAGUUUUACUUUAUCUAGUUAUCUGACUAAACACCAGAGAACUCACACAGAGAAACCUUAUGGCUGUGAUCAAUGUGGGAAAAGUUUUACUUCAUCUAGUUAUCUGACUAAACACCAGAGAACUCACACAGGAGAGAAACCUUAUGGCUGUGAUCAAUGUGGGAAAAGUUUUACUUCAUCUAGUUAUCUGACUAAACACCAGAGAACACACACAGGAGAUAGACCUUAAGGCUGUGAUCAAUGUGGCAAGAGAUUUAUUCAGCUACAAACCCUGAAAUCACAUCGGAGAACUCACACAGGAGAGAAACCUUAUAGCUGUGGUCAAUGUGGGAAGAGUUUUGGUCGAUCUGGCCAGCUGACAUUACACCAGAGAAUACACACAGGAGAGAAACCUUAUAGCUGACAAGAGACUAAGAUCUCUUGGAGUUGUUUCAUGAUAUCAAUGAAAUGAUGUCACAAUGUAGAAUGUUUUAACAUUGUAGUAGGAGUAUUUUAAUGAUGUCACAAUGUAGAACCCUAAGCGUUUGUUAAAUUGAUUUUAGGGAAAAAGAGGAAAUAUCCAGGCUCUGAAUUGAAAGAGUAUUAUUUAUGAGAUUUAUCAAAAAGUGACUAACAUAAAAGAGCUGUGUUACACUUACCACGUUGGUGACCCACUGGAAUCAAAAUGCAACACAACAGCGUUUCUGGUGCUUGUGCAGUUUAUAAGGUGCUUGUUUUAAAAAAUAUUAUUAUUGUGGCAGAUGUUUGUGUAUAUACCACAUGUUAGGUUUUCAAUUGAUCCCAAACUGUUUCUGCAUAUUGGUUAUUGAUUUGGACACGUUAAAACUGUGUUUUGACAUUGGGGCUAUCCCACCUAGCAACUAUGCAACCAAAUAUUUCAUAUUUACAUUUCAUGUAACAUUUGGUAAUGGUAAUUAUUUAUGCAACCAACUGACAAUUAUAUUGACAUUGUGCUUUUAGAAUAGCAGGGUUCAUUCUCAGAUGUGCCAACCCAAAUGUACUAGAGCAUGACAUUGGGGACUGGGCCCAGAUCCAACAACAUGCCUAUCGAGUGAUCCCUGAAAAGAGAGAGAAGCUCCACAGUGAGGUGGAAAGUUACUACGGAUAUUGCAGGAGUUUCCUCUUGAAAUCAGACAUGUCUGUGGUGAGAACAACCUGGUUGCUGAUUGUCUCAAGGGGGGCAGUCAAAAUGUUUUGCGUUUUGCCAGUGCGUUGCCAUGGAUCACAAUUUAUUUUGACUGUUUUUCCGUAUUGGAGAUGAGUUUUGUUUGGGCUCGUUCCAAGGGGACAAGAGUUCUAGAAGUUAGUGAGUUUUAGGAAAAAUAAAUAUUGUUUUUAGUUGUUGUUAGACAGACACCAUGUUUAUAUUGGUGAUGGUGAAGCAUUGUAGUUGAUUAUAAUGUGACAUGGAAGUUGUUUUCUGUUGGUGGUGAGCAAUCUCUUAAGCUUUUGGUUUUUCCAUUUAUGUUUUGAGGUUGGACUUAAGCACGUAUAGCUCGUUAGCACGUAGGACACACUGAUUGGUGUCACCUCGUUAGUCAGUAUGUGUUACACCUGUGCUGGCUUGUCCAUCUCGUUAGUGGGAAGGUGUUUCACCUAAGCUGGUCCAGGUUCUAUUUAAGAGUGUCUGGCCCAGUGCUCCAGUUGUCUUGAUAGAUGUGGAGAGUCAACACCUUUAGUUGCUGCACCUUUUUGGUUUGCUUCCUGUCUUUAAGUUUGGUGUGGGUUUUUCUUUUGUUUCCCUCUUCUUGGUUAGAUUUAGUGGGUCUCAUGGUGGGUGUCUUUUAGGUCCCAGUUGUUGUUACUAGUCAACUUUCAGUCGACACCCCCAUAGUGUCUUUGAGGACCCCUCCUAAAAAACAAGAUUAUAUUUUGGGUUGGAUAUUGCAUCCAAUUAGUGUUUUAAUCAAUGGCAUUUCCUUAGAAUGCUAAUUGGUCUUUCAGUUGUUAAUCUUCUGUUUUUUUUAUCCUGUUAUUUUUGUGUACUAAAACUUUCUGUUUAUUUUCAUUGUUUUCUCCUGUGAAGCCAUUGUGUUGCAUCCAUGUCUGAAAUGUGCUGUAUAAAUAAAGCUUGAUUUGAUUUCAACAAAUGAACC